AUGUCUCAUAGCUCGCUACGCGGUUUGGCCGUAGCCAACCAUUUCGUGGUCUGGUUAUCUGCCGUGAUUGUCACGGGAGCAGUGUCUUGGUUCAUCAGUCGCUUCUCUACCAGUGAAAACAGCACGCAUAUUAUUUACCAGGAAGUCAUCUACCAGGCUACGAUAACAUUGGCUUUGUGGACAUUUGGAAUGGUUUUGCCGCUUGUUGGGGCAUAUAGAGGCCAUCUUUGGCCUGUGAACUUGGCCUUCUCCUACCUUUGGCUCACAUCCUUUAUUUUCUCGGCACAAGACUGGUCGAAUGGUAGAUGCCAUAUUGUCGGUCCAGGCUACGGUAGAUGUAACUUGAAGAGGACCAUUGCAGCGUUCAACUUUCUCGCAUUUUUCUUCUUACUUUGCAACACAAUUGUCGAAGGUCUCAUUUUCCGCGCUCAUCGCAGCGACGUCGCGUCGAGAGAUGGCUGGGCUAGGACUGACCGACCCGGCUCGUCCACCGGCGUUGGUCAACGCGGCACCGUCGUGUGA